AUGCAGGAAGCUCAAACAAGAAGAAAGCCGCCAUCAUUGGGGGUAUCGUUGGAGGUGUAGGACUUCUUUUGAUUGUAUCGGCUGUGUUCCUAUGGUAUCGACUAUCAAGAAAACCAAAGGCAACUGAAAGAGGUAAUAUAGUGGGAGCAACUGAGCUGAGAGGUCCAAUGAGCUACAGAUUUAAGGACCUAAAAAUUGCUACCCAAGAUUUCGAUGAAAGUAAUAAACUUGGCGAAGGCGGUUUUGGUGAUUUUACAAGGCACUUUGAGAAAUGGACAUGUAGUUGCGGUUAAAAAACUAGCAAUUUUUUCAAGCAGAGCAAAAGCAGAUUUUGAGACUGAAGUUCAGCUUAUCAGCAAUGUACAUCAUCGCAAUCUCAUUCGUCUCUUGGGAUGUUCUAACAAAGGAGCAGACCUACUACUUGUUUACGAGUACAUGGCAAAUGGCAGUCUCAAGAGAUUCCCGCUUACUAUUUUUGUCCAAGUCAAAUCAUUAUGUUCAAGUAAAUUUGAAAUAAUCUUACCUGUCAAUGUUUUGCCGGCGACAAACGAGGGAUGCUCAACUGGAAGCAACGAUUUGAUAUAAUCUUUGGCAUAGCUCGUGGCCUUGUCUACCUGCACGAGCAAUUCCACGUCUGCAUCAUCCAUAGAGAUAUAAAAUCCAGCAAUAUUCUACUAGACGAUGAAUUUCAGCCAAAAAUUGCUGAUUUUGGGCUUGUAAGACUUUUACCUGAGGAUCAGAGUCAUGUCAGCACUCAGUUUGCUGGUACCUUGGGAUAUACUACACCAGAAUAUGCAAUUCAUGGACAUCUAACAGAGAAAGUCGACGUCUAUAGCUUUGGAGUUGUCGUUCUUGAAAUAAUCAGUGGCCGGAGGAGCAAUGAUAUGCAAAUUGAGCCUGUCACUGAAUAUCUCCUUGAAAAGGCGUGGAAACUUCAUGAAACUGCCAUGCCAGAAAAAUUGGUGGAUGAGACUUUAGACCCCAAUGAAUACAAUGAACAAGAAGCGAAGAAAAUCGUAGAGAUUGCCUUAAUGUGUACACAAUCACCAGCAAAUCUUAGGCGAACCAUGUCUGAAGUUGUUGUCAUGCUAUUAAGUGAUCAUAGCACAGACGCGCGAACUCCUAGCAGACCUACUGUCAUUAGCAUGGAUAAGAGUACACCAGCGGACUCAUCCAUUACUACUGGAUCUUCAGCUUCUAAUGCAGCAAGUACUUUUUCUGAUUUCACUGGCCGCUAGCUACAUAAGAUUAUACGAUAGACCUGAAAAUUAUGCUGGCACCACAGCAUCUGAAAAAACAUGGAAAGUAUGCUACAGUGCAAAAUGACCACUAUUUAAGUUAUUCAA